CAUUUGUCUGCAUAAUGAAUGACCAACGCUUUUACAAGUGCUUAGCAGGCUGUGGUAAAUGUUAGUUUAGCACAUUUUUGAAAGUAAGCCAGGCCUCUAUUCAAAAAGCAGUCUAGAACAGUGUUUCUCAACCUUGGCAACCUAAGCUGUGUGGACUUCAACUGCCAGAAUUCCUCAGCCAGCAUGCUUUAACUGAUUUAAACUGGAAAAAAGGAACCAGGUUCUGCCAGUUGUCUGUUGCUGAUUCUGUUACCACUGGACAUUACAGUUUCUAGAUCACCACAAACAGAAUUUGUAUCAUGCUAGAACAUCAAUCAGAUACGGUUCAAGGCCUUGCGUCCCGAAGCACAACAAGCGGCAUAUUGCCUCAGUAUUCCAAUCUGGGACCCAGCCCUCUUCUGUUUCCAUGGCAAGACACGGACUCCAAACAGGUCGGAACCCUGCAGCUGAUCGCCAGCCAGCGCCGCCUCGCGUGGGAGCUCACAGAUGUUCAGAUCGGAAAUUCAUUUGGGUCCUGUCAGGAAAAGAAAAUUUUCCCCUUUCAUCAUGCACCAGACCGAUUAGGUAAUGCAUUCGCACCAAUUAAAGGUGAUCCUGAUCGUGGACCAGGAUCUUAUAAUCAUGCAGAGAGGAACAAUCUUAUAUAUAACUUGGCUCAGAGACCACAGAGUACCAAAGGUUACAGCAUGGGAGCAAGAACAACACCACGUUUUGUAAUAAUAAACAAGCAUUUGACCCCUGCACCUACAACAUAUCAGUCAAUAUGGAUCAAAGAACACAAGCAUAAGAUUGCUCAUUUCCCAUUUCUCAGCAAUGUACCACGGUUUUUAGAGCAGGUUCAAGAUAGAGAACUCUUUCCUGGACCUGGAACUUACAACCCAUACAAAUUGCCACACAGACAUGUCAGCUGGCCAGGGAAGUUUGGUUCCCCAGACUGGUCUUUGGUUCCAAUGCCACAAAGAAGAACUUUCAGAGCUGAGUUGCUUUCAGAUAAAGAAUUCAAGAAAUAUCGGAAUCUGGUGGCCUAUCUGAGCAUAUAUUAUAGUGAUUAAUUCUUGUGGCUGAAGAUAUUUCCUCUCCUACUUGCUUAGACCACUAAUUUACUUUUUUAUCCUUAGACAGAAUUAGAGCAUUUUAAUUAAUUUGUUACUUGGAUUCAAUAUAAAUACUAUUUCAUAAACAGUUUCUUUGUUAGCCUUUUAAAUGGUUCUAUUUUCCUAAUGGUAUUUUCUAUUUUCCUAAUCUACUAUUUUAGUAUAAAACCUUUACUAUUUGGAAGUUGCUUCAAAUGUAGGAGUUUGGAUUUUGCCAAUAGCCACAACUGUUAAAAUGUUUUUGGUUUUGAAUAGUUUAGCUAGAGAAAUGCUUAAGAGAAAUGCAGAUUUUCAAAGUAUAAUUUCUUUUUAUAUGUCAGUUUGACAGUUAAGAUGGUAAUGUUCACAAAAGUCAUGCCAAAUUGGAGAAAUUAUUAGGGGAGCAAGCAUGUAUUGAUUAAAACCUAAAACUGAAAAUAUUUUGUCUUGGUACUCCACUGGCCAAUAUUUUUUGAAACACAAAGGUAUUAGAAGUAUGUGCCAUAUGAUCUGAUACAGUCUUAUGAUAUCAUUUCUUGCAUUGUAUAUCCUGCAUGUGACUGAGAAUGGAAAUUUCAUGUAAUAUAUAUGCAAUGAUAUGUUUAGAAGUAUUUUAGCACAAUGUUCUUUUCUGACAGCUGCAGAGAAGAUACACUUCAUUCAUACUGAACAAGAAACAGAGAUUUCCCACUCAAGGAAAGACUUCCAUACUAUAUUCUUAUAGGAGAAACCAUGUUUUUCAUUCAACCUGAACUGAGCUGUAGCUAUUAUAUUUAGGUUUGUAUCGUACAGUCUUUUACCUUCUGUACUCUGCAGUAUGGGAGAAAACGCAUAAGUAAUAAAAAACAUAUUAAAAUU